AUGGUGCCCACACAAGCUCAGAACCAACAGUACAUGGCUGCCCAGCAGGCGCAGCGGAACUUCUCAGGGGGUAUGGCGAGUACUGGCGUCUACCGCGGCAGCAACGCUCCGGUCCAACCCUAUGCCUUCACCAGCACUCCCAGUCUGAACACGACCGGCCAGUGGCAGCAAUAUGGCAAUGGCUACCGUACGGCAUCCUCUCCAGCUGUUCCGACGCAGGGCAUGAUGCAAGGACAAGAUGGAAGCCGGCCCCGUCACACUCAGAGCUCGUCAGUCUCUUACACCCAUAACCUGGGUACGAGCAAGGGCGGAUCAAGAGACGACUCGGCGAUUCCUGCCGCUCGCACCAACUCCCACGCACCGCGACCGCAAUCUGCGUAUCUUGCGGGCAGCACGACGCCGCAAAUGACGUUCGCUCAGGCCGCCGGUGCUAAGACGACACCUGAUAGGUACAGGCGCCCGGCUCCUCAGCAGCAACAGCCUCGCCAGACUAGCGCCCCGUCAGGGUCAGGCAUGGCCACCGUUAGUCAUUUGUACAAUGCACCCAACGACCAAAAGAGCACGUCAGUGCGAAGCCGGAAUGCGAAUUCCCAGGCCAGGCCAAACAGUCACUACGGCGCGGUUGAUGACAGGCAAUUGAAUCGACCCGCGGAGGAUAGCAUGCGACUCAGGCGGCGCAGCAUGCACUCGCUGGAUUCUGCCGAUUACCCAAAGCCGCUAACCCCACAGGAAUUCUCCCCCCCGGAAGAAUCCACUCGCCCCGACCGCGUUCCAACUCCCAAAAACAACGAAAAGUCGCUCCGCAUCGUUUCUAGCCUUGCACCUCCCACCGACACCAACAUGCAUGUUCGUAAUGGCAGCGCAGAGAGCGUCGCGUCGAGUCGAAGCAGCCAUUCGAGGCCAUCUUCGUCCGCCAACCGCAGUGUACCCACCCCCACGGCCAACCCCUCACUCUCUUCAUCUUCAUCUACACCAGAUGAUGGCUCGUCAAAACAAGAGCAACCCAAGCUGGUGAACAUUCCGCCACGAAACUCGUCGUCAGAUGCUGCCAAGCGACAGCCUACGCCUUCGCCUCUCUCCAAGCCGGUGACCAUGUCGACCGACUCGAGUCCCCAAAAACCACCUUCCUCUCUGGGAAAUGCUCCGCAACAGGCCGCCUCGCAGGCCGCGGCUGUGACACCGAGCGCUCACGCCAGCAGCCCUGCCGCUCAACAACUCGCCGCAAUCAAUCAGAAGGGUACGAAAUCAAAGAGCAAGACAUCUCGACUGCGUCGUGCCUUCUCUUUCGGAAGCGCCGCCGACUUUAAGAAGGCCGCUGGCCCCGAAAUACCCGCCGAACCCAACGCCGCCAACGAUGCGUCCAAGCUGCACAAGGAUCCGACGCCAGAAGAUGUGUACGAGGCUGAGCAGGCUGCAAUCGCGAAGAAGCAGGAGGAGGGUGGAAUUGGAAGCAAUAUCUACGGAGGAAGGCUGUUUUCGGGAUCGACUGACAAUCUGUCAAUCUCGUCCACCGCGUCGUCUGCUUCUAUCAUGAUUCGUAAGAUGGGUCGUGGUAUGAAGAAGAGCACGCGGUCCUUGGUGGGACUCUUCCGACCAAAGUCAGUCAUCGGUGUGCCCGCAGCGGAUGCCCUUGCACCGGAGGCCAGCCAAGCCGCUGUCUCGAUGAUCACGGUUGAGGCCGAGAGGGUCAACGUCAAUCCCGAUCCUCGCGCGCAGAAUGGUGGCGGCACCGGAUUUCCUCAUCUGGAACGAAACUCGCUCGAUAUUUCCAACACGCCGAGCAUGGUUUCCGAGCGUGCUGGUAGCUCCGGCACCGACAGCGCGGGACGAAAGAGCAUCGUAGGUGGUGACAGGGAGCGUGCCGAGGUACUUGCGGCCGUCAAGAAGGGAAUCCUCAAGCACAACAGGUCGGGUAGCCCAGCUCGCGACGGCGCCAAGCCUUUCGAACUCCCUGCCAUUCCCAACAUUGCCGACUCGCCUAUCUCCACCGCGCCUAGCACACCGAACGACGAGGCGCAAGGCCACAAGCGCUCUGGCUCGGUCGCUAUUGGCAGCGAGGAUUAUUUCAUGACGGCCCUUCGACUUCGCCAGGAUAGCAGGAGCGCGCCUGGCACACCCUCAGCGGGUACCAGGAGGAACGCUACCUUCUCGCCGAGAAUUGUUUUCCACGACACAUGGCCAAGUGGGGAGUACGACCGCAGGGGUGAGAUUGCUACCUGCAACCGCCUAACGCCUAUGUUGGCUCAGCAGAUCAAGGAAGAGCUCAACACGUUCAAGAUGGAAAUGGAAGUUCACGAAAACUCCAAGAUUUACACGCACUUCUUCUAA